AUGACUCUCUCGUCGACGGCCCUUGCGCUAGUCCUGACCCUUGGCUGUGGAGCUACAACUAUUGCAGGACUUCGCGAUAACAUUGCGGUUUCACGAAAGGACUGUCCAGACUAUACCUCAUACUCUGCGGCUCGCCACCCUCCGUAUAGUGGCGGUCCUCUGAACCUCCCUUUCCAACGACCAGCAGAGGAAUGUCGCACCUUCACUUCGUCAGCAGUUGAAAAUGUCAUUGAAGAUGUCACAUCACGCAUGAUAGACAAAGAUCUGGCUCAAUUGUUUCGCAACGCAUUCUCGAACACCCUGGAUACAACCAUCCGAUGGCACCGGAACGGCUCGACCACGGAGGACCCGUUGUCAUCGAGAAAACACAAGGUGGAUGAUUCCAAAUGGCAGGGACCGCAGACAUUUGUAGUGACCGGUGACAUUAAUGCGGAAUGGUUGCGUGACUCCACAAGCCAAUUGUCGGGCUACCAGGCCCUGGCCAGUCAGGACCCGGCUCUCCAAACACUCAUCCUGGGAGCUAUUAAUACGCAGGCUGAGUUUGUUACUCAGUCACCAUAUUGCAACGCCUUCCAACCACCUCCUCCUAGCGGUCAAAAGCCUGUUCCAAGCUCACAGAAGGACACAGUCCACCCAGAAUAUGAACCAUCAGUGGUAUUUGAGUGCAAAUAUGAGCUUGAUUCGCUGGCUAGUUUUCUCGCGUUGGGAACCGAAUUCUAUGAAAAUACAAAAUCUACUGAUUUCUUGACCAAUCGCUGGUACAAGGCACUGGAUACCCUCCUGUCUGUUCUGGAUGCUCAGUCUCAGUCAACUUUCGACGCGCAGAACCAGUAUGUCCCCAACCAGUACAGGUUCCAGCGCGAGACCAACAUGGGCACGGAAACCCUUAACCUGGAAGGAAUUGGGAAUCCAUUGAAUGGAAGUACCGGCUUGAUCCGCAGCGCCUUCCGUCCUAGUGAUGAUGCAACUAUUUUUGGGUUCUUUAUUCCCCCAAAUGCUAUGAUGGCUGUUCAGCUGCAAAAGACUGCCACGGUUGUCAAGGUGGCAGGAGGUCAUGAAGACCUGGCCACAGAGCUCCAAAAACGAGGUGAAAGCUUGGAACAGGCUGUUUGGGACUACGGAGUCGUGGAUCAUGCCAGAUAUGGCAAUGUUUUUGCCUUUGAGGUGGACGGAUAUGGUUCCCGUGUGAUCAUGGAUGACGCCAAUGUCCCUUCAUUGCUCUCGCUGCCUUUACUGGGAUUUGUUGAGCAGAGCAACUCUGUGUAUCAAAACACUAGAAGGAUGAUCCUAGAAAAGACUGGCAAUCCAUAUUACAUGAUAGGUUCCGCGUUCCGUGGUAUCGGUGGUCCUCACACUGGCUUCAAGAAUGCCUGGCCAAUGUCCAUCCUUGUUCAGGCAAUGACUACAGAUAUUGACUCGGAAAUUACAGAGUGCAUCAACCUCGUUCGCAACUCGAGUCUUCUCGGGCUUGUGCACGAAUCUAUCGACGUGAACGAUAUCAACAAAUACACCCGGUCGUGGUUUGCAUGGGCCAACUCGCUUUUUGCACAGGCAAUUCUCAAAAUUGCGGCCGAGAGGCCGUAUCUGCUCUUUGGGGAUGGAGCGAGGCCGUAUGUUGUUUGA